AACGCGUUGUCUCUUUUCUUGCUGUUGCUCUGUGCCCGCUGCUGCAAAGUGCAAAACCUGAGAGAGAGAAAUGGAGAAGAUGAAAAUAGAAGAGGUUCAGUCUACCACCAAGAAACAGCGUGUUGCUACUCAUACUCACAUCAAAGGCCUAGGGCUUGAGCCGAGUGGAAAAGCAUCGCGUUUUGCCGCCGGCUUCGUCGGCCAAGUUGAAGCCAGAGAAGCUUCCGGUCUCGUGGUCGACAUGAUUCGCCAGAAGAAGAUGGCCGGCCGUGCACUCCUUCUCGCCGGACCACCUGGAACCGGAAAGACUGCACUGGCACUUGGGAUAAGCCAAGAGCUUGGCACCAAGGUGCCAUUCUGUCCAAUGGUUGGCUCUGAAGUGUACUCCUCAGAAGUGAAGAAGACUGAGGUUCUCAUGGAAAAUUUUCGACGGGCCAUUGGUCUGCGUAUAAAGGAAAACAAAGAAGUGUAUGAAGGAGAGGUAACUGAGCUCACUCCCGAAGAAACUGAGAGUGUAUCUGGUGGUUAUGGUAAAAGUAUUAGCCAUGUGAUAAUUGGAUUGAAGACAGUGAAAGGAACCAAGCAACUCAAGUUGGAUCCUACCAUAUAUGAUGCCUUGAUUAAGGAAAAGGUAGCUGUUGGGGAUGUUAUAUACAUUGAGGCAAAUAGUGGCGCUGUAAAAAGGGUGGGUCGAAGUGAUGCUUUUGCUACAGAGUUUGACCUUGAGGCAGAAGAGUAUGUUCCACUUCCCAAGGGAGAGGUGCACAAGAAAAAGGAGAUUGUUCAGGAUGUAACCUUGCAUGAUCUGGAUGCUGCCAAUGCACGACCUCAAGGGGGACAAGAUAUUCUGUCUCUUAUGGGUCAGAUGAUGAAACCCAGGAAAACAGAAAUCACUGACAAGUUGAGACAAGAAAUUAACAAGGUUGUCAAUCGAUAUAUUGAUGAAGGUGUGGCAGAGCUUGUACCUGGAGUUCUAUUUAUCGAUGAGGUUCAUAUGUUAGACAUGGAAUGUUUUUCGUAUUUGAAUCGUGCUUUAGAGAGCUCCCUAUCUCCAAUAGUAAUAUUUGCUACUAAUAGAGGAAUAUGUAAUGUAAGAGGGACUGAUAUGAGCAGUCCUCACGGCAUACCUGUUGACCUACUGGAUCGGUUGGUGAUCAUUCGAACACAAAUCUAUGGUCCUGCUGAAAUGAUACAGAUUCUAGCUAUCCGUGCUCAAGUGGAGGAACUGGUGGUGGAUGACGAGAGUUUAGCUUUCCUUGGGGAAAUUGGACAACGAACAUCUUUAAGGCAUGCAGUUCAGCUGUUAUCACCUGCCAGCAUUGUAGCAAAAAUGAAUGGCAGAGACAAUAUAUGCAAGGCGGAUCUUGAAGAGGUUUGUUCGCUAUAUUUGGAUGCCAAAUCAUCUGCCAGGUUACUUCAAGAGCAGCAGGAGAAAUACAUUUCGUAAGAUUAUUAUUUUCAAACUGUUGCAAGAGCUGGUGGUUGGAUUUUAAUUACAACCGGUUUGCUUGUUGCUUCUCUGCUGUCCCCUGCAUGAUCCGAGACAAUUGGUUCAUAGAAUUCAUCUGGGUAUUAUUGAUGGUAGCAGAAACCUGAGACAAGAAAACGAGUCACUGCAUUAGAAUCAAAGGGUUAAAGUGUGCUGUAAUUUUUUUGCUGAAAUCGUUUUAAGAUUUUUUUUGUAUGUUUUGACAACUGAAAACAGAAAGGCAACAUGGAAUGUAACGAGGCAGUUUAUUUCCCCUA